GUGGAGGUUUGUGACUUCCUCUUGCUCUUACCUCUGUCUCUUUUCUGCUCUGUCACUUUGUACAAUUGCUGAUUGGAACAAGCUGGGAGAUUUUGUGAAUGAGGUGCUGGGAAUCUGAAGCUUCUACACUGCUGUACUUGUGGAGAGCAAUUCUCUGUCACUGCUGUUUUUGGACAAAGAUGUUGCAGAGACCCUUAAAGGGUUAAUUUAGCAGUGCUGAAUUUGCGGAAUUGAAGCUGGUAUUGGUGUUUACUCCCAGUGCAGCGUGUGUGCUUGAGGCUGGGACAGUACUUCCUUCUGCUCCUGGAUAGCGGCUGCUCUUGAUGUCUUGCUCACAUUUGUGAUUUUUCUCUCUGGGACACAGAAUUUACACUGAACAAGGGUCAUCUUGUGAGAGCUUGAGUCAGACACUGACUCUGACCAUCAGUUGUGAUCUGGACCACGUGAGUCAGACUUACCCUGAUGAAUGGAAAUGAAGGGCGCAGUGAAUAAGCCUGUGACUCCAGCGAGCAAACAGGGGAGCCGCAGCAUGGAGCGGCCAAGAGCUGCCAGUCUCACAUCAUCUGGAACAAAGUCCUCAAACUAUGCGUCCUCCUUACCCACCCACUCCCAGCUCACCAAGGUGAAGAGUAAAAGCAGCAAUGAUUUAUUGUCAAAGUCCAGUGGCAGCCUGACCUCAAGCUCAUCGAGACUAAAGAAAACAAUUACCAUGGGAACCAUUGAUGAGCUCACUGAGGACAGGGCAAAGAACAGAUCAGGAGUGAGCUCCUCAACUCGACGCUCUGCUAUUCCUACUGCAAGAGACUCAACAACACUUGCCAAAGACAAGCCUGUCCGAGAGCGUUCUCGCACGCUGCCCAGCAAGAAACCAGCUGGUCCUGUUGGCUGUGAUACUGUGGCCCCUACACGACAAGUUCAGACAGUAUCCAAAACCAGAGCAGAGAGUGAAGGGACUGACCGCGUGAGGUUCGAGACUCAGAUUAAAGAACUACUGGCAGAAGCCAAGGCUAAGGAGUUUGAAAUUAGUAAAUUAAGGUGUGCGCUGAAACAUCAACAGGACAAGCACAAAAAGAAUGAUCCUGAAGAGUUUUUGGGUUCUCCUGUCAACCUCGAGUCACAGCUAAGGAAGCUGGAGGAAAGAAACCGGAUUUUCCAACAGAAGAUCGAGGAGCUGCGGACAGAGAAACGGAUCCUACAGGAACGGCUCCUCACCCUGGAGCAGCUCAGGGAAGGUGCAGAGUCUGUGACCCAGGGCAACUCUCUGAGUUUGGAGAUUUCCCUCAACAGUGACCUCAGCAGCAGCCUCCGUACUCCAUCCUCACUGGACAGCACCAGGAAUCAAACCACAGAAACGUUCAACAAGGCCCCCCUGGCUAUCAAUGGGACGCAAUCUCACAGCUCGAUCUCAAACGUGAGCAGUGUGACCCCCUCCCCAGAUUCCGUGGAUUUUGACAGAGCUUUUCCCCCCUCUUCUAUGAGCAGUGAUGGUUUCCGCACCAACACCAGUUCCUUAGACAUGCCCAGUGAGGGAUCCCUGAAGAACACCAGCACCUCAGAAGCUUUUCUGGCUGAGAGGAUUCGGCAGAUGGAGGAGAACCAGCAUUCCACUGCCGAGGAACUGCAGGCAACACUACAGGAACUGUCUGACCAACAGCAAGUGAUUCAGGAGCUGACAGCAGAGAACGAGAAGCUGAUGGAAGAGAAAAGUAUACUGGAGAGCUCCUUCCAGCAGCAACAGGAGAGGCUGCAGCAACUAGUCAGUGAGAAGGAGCAACUGGUGUCAACCCUACAGGAUGGUCAGAGAGUGAACAGGGGGCCAGAGCUGGAGGACAGUGCAGGACCUGAUCAGGAGAAAGUGUUCAUAUCGCAACAGCCAGUCAGUAAUUGCUGGUGUCCAGAGAAAGGACAGCCAGGAGCUGAUGUCCUAGUGAAAAGCCUGAGAGAUGAGGUCAGCAAUCUGCAGACGCUGCUGAAGGUGGAACAAGAGCAGAAUGCUUCAGUCACAGAGACACUGGCCGGUUACCAGGCUGAAAACAGUGGGCUGAGAAAUCAGCUGGAGCCGAAGAAACUGAAACAAGCAGAGCUGAAACUAGGGGAAGGUGCAGCUGAGACCUGUGAGUUCCAGGAGCUCUUACGGGCAACUCAAUCUGAGAAAAAGCGAUUAGAAGUGGAGUGUUCAGCACUGAGGGAGACAUCCCUACAAGCAAGCAAUGAAAUCACUCGCCUGCACAGCCUCUUAGUAAAGGUGCAGCAUGAGCUGGAAGUAAGAAAGAGUGAGGACGAGAGAAAGCUUGAUGACUCGAGGCUAUCAGCACACACGCUACCAGAUGAGGUAAGAGACAAAGAAUCAGAAAUCAAAGAUAUGAAGGAGACCAUCUUCGAACUGCAGGACCAGGUGGAACAGCAUCAAGUGGUUAAACUGCAUGACAACAGGAUCAUCCUAGAGCUGGAGGAUAAAGUGAUGACUUUAGGACACCAGAAACUGGAACUGGAGAAACAGCUCAAGAUGUCCAACAAGAAAAUGAAGGAGGCAGCAGAGGAAUGGCAUCACUUUCAGGCAGACCUGCAGACCGCUGUGGUCGUGGCCAAUGAUAUCAAGUGUGAGGCGCAGCUGGAGAUCCGCGUCCUCAAGAAGAAGCUGCAGGAGGCAGAAGAGAGAACUGAACGACUGCAGAAAGAGCUGGAGAGCCUGAAGGGUCACAGGUCUGAUCUCUCCCAGGCGUGAAGCAAAAAGCCUCCAAGCCGGUGACCGUGACACAGGAACAGCUCCUGGAUCAGGGGUAGAACUCAGGAGAAAGUCUGUCUGCCUGGAUACGGGCCACAAGUUUCAUUAAGCUGCUGAAAGGGGAACCUGAGCCCUGUCUGUGUGAACGAGGAUUUCACACAGCGAGGCGGGCAGUGGAAGCACAUUCAAUUGGAACUUUCCAAAGGGAAUUGGAGAAAUAGUUGGGGGGAGAAAUUUGCAUUACUAAAGGAAAGAAGGAGGGUGUGGGUCUAAUUGGAUAGCUCUUUCAAAGAGCAGGCAUGGGCAUGAUGGGCUGAAUGGCCUCCUCCUUGCUAUAUGAUCCUAUAAUAAACUAGAAUGUAGAUACAAUCUUAA